AUCACAAUCUAUUCGGGAGACAGUCGCUGGCCAAACGCGUCGCAACUGCGAGUGCAGCGGACAGUCGUUCGGUCGAACUAUAUAAAAAUAAACCGAAAGGCAAGAAGAAGCCGUCAGCGCAGGCUGUGCCAAAAAAAUUUCAAAAUUAGAGUACAUAUAGUUCUGUGCGGUCGGUGUAAAUAAUUCGUGAAUCUGUAAACCAAUAAUAACAACAAAACAUCAACAUGAGCGCAAUGAGCGUUAGGCGAAAGGACAGCGGCCAACUCGAGGUUAUGCAAAGUGCUGGCUGGAAGAUCGAUAGCGAUGAGAAGGCCUGCUACAUCGAUGUUGAUGAGGAUGACGACCAGGACAACGAAGAAAUGAUUGAGUCGAAGUGGUGCUACCUACCUGACCUUAUACUAGAGCAAAUCUUUACCUACCUCAGCCCCAAAGAGCGCUACUAUGCGGGACUGGUUUGCCGCCAGUGGAACAGAGCCUUCUACUUACCAACUGUUUGGGACAACUUUUUGGUGGAUGACCGAACUCUUACGAAACCCAAGUUUAAUUACUACUCUGGUUGGCAGUUUUGUCUUGAUCACAUGAGAACUCAGUUCUGCCUGUCGAAGAUCGGCAAAUAUAUGCGAGGAAUCGAGUUUCGACCGUGGCACAGUUUCAAUAACAUCUUCCAGUUUAUGACGAUGUUAUCAUGGAAUAUUGACAAGGGUAAUGAGGAGAAUCCUGGACUUGAGUUUGUAGGAGUGGGUCGGCGUAUCCGAAAACUGGUGUAUCACUUCCCCUGCAACAUGUCGCAGCCCAACGAUCCGGAGGGAAUCAAGCUCUUCGGCACUGGAGGUCAACUCCUGAGGGUCCUGAAGGAGCUGCUCCUCCGAUUGACUGAGCUGCAUACUCUCAAGCUGGUGGACUUUGUACUGGAACGGUACGAGGCGAAUCACUUGCUGGAUGAAGUGGUUUGCAGUUGCUGCACCAAGAUGAGGGUCUUGAACCUGGUGAAUGUGACCACGGUGCACUGCCCCAUCAUGCAUGUGGGUCUGUUCCUCAACCUGCAGGUGCUCACCAUAUCGCCGCAGAACAUAGACGACGAUGUGCUGUCCCUUCUGGCGGACACCAAGUUGCGCCACCUGCACUUGCUGCAAAAUUGCUACACACCAAGCCACCUGACAAUAAGCGCCUGUGGCGUCAAAGCCUGGCGAAAUGUAAAGAAGACCAAUCCGCGCCUGCGCGUCCAUCUGCGAGUGGAGAAUCUGGCGGACGGCGAGGUGGUCAUGCAGCCGGAGGCGCCUGUCCACAGCAUCACGUACUGCGCCCCGCAGGCCAAAGUACGCGCCGAACUGCUGGUCCGCAUGGUGGACCAUUACCGGAACACCCUCGCCGUUUUUGGCCACGAGCUCCUGCCACGCUUUUCCAGCCCCAAGCCUUUUCACAGCCGCAUCGACAGCUUGCUGUUGCUGAUGUGCCGCCAGUGCUUCAAUAUGGACACUCUGAUCAUCCGCGAGAAAGUCUCCACCUCGACGCUUCUUCUCAUUGCUAAAACGGCCAAGAACCUCCAGCAUCUCCACGUGCGGCGAUUUGCAGUGAUUCUGCGAUGCGACUGGCCAAGGCAUCCGGAAUGGACAGACGAAUUCAACUCCUGGCUGAAGCGCAACUCGCGAUCCUAUGAAGCUGUGGAGAGGGAAAUCUCAGAGAUCUUGGGCUACAAAUGGCGUUUGCUCAGCGAUCGUGACUUCAAGCAGCUGACUGUGAAUGUAAAAUCGGGAGCCUAGAAGUUCCGGAUUUUCCCCCCUAAGACUUGUGAUAAACGGUGUAGAGCUUUAUUAAAUAACCCAACAUUUACGAGA